AUGACGGUGGUUGCUGCUGCCGAGUCCCGGUUCCACGUUCUUGCCGUGGAUGACAGCGUGAUCGACAGGAAGCUCAUCGAGAUGCUGCUCAAGACCUCGUCCUACCAAGUGACGACGGUGGAUUCCGGGAGCAAGGCGUUGGAGGUGCUGGGAUUGAGAGACGAGGGGGACUCCUCCUCCGCCUCCUCCUCGCCUUCUUCCUCCUCCCCUGACCAUCAGGAGGUUGACGUGAAUUUGAUCAUCACUGACUACUGCAUGCCUGGCAUGACAGGAUAUGAUCUGCUGAGGAGGGUCAAGGGGUCGUCUUCAUUGAAGGACAUUCCAGUGGUGAUCAUGUCUUCUGAGAAUGUGCCUGCCAGGAUCAACAGGUGUUUGGAAGAUGGCGCCGAAGAGUUCUUCCUGAAGCCCGUGAAGCUCGCUGACAUGAAGAAGCUCAAGUCUCACCUGCUGAGGCGGAAGCAGCCGCAGAAGCCAGAGCAAGCACCGGACAAGCCGGCGGAGGAAGCGGCUGCUGCUGAAGUAACCGUCAGCGGCAGCAGCAAGAAGAGAAAGGCAGCGGCGGCAAUGGAUCAGGAGGGGCUUGGGUCGCCUGAGAGGACGAAGCCAAGACUGUCCAGCAGCAGCCUGGCAGUGGAGACCUGAUGAAGAAACUGAACCAAAACCCCACUAAGAAUUUCUUUUUUUUUGGGUUCGUUUUUUCCGGGGGCUUGCUUACACUAAUGGAAGAAUCGUCGUUAAUUAGCUCCUGGGGGUAAAAAUUUUAGUUCCAAGUGAACUAAAAAAGAAAAAAAAAAGUCUUACAUACUUCUAUACUACUACUACUAGUAGUAGCUGCUUCCAUCCACAAAUUUUGCUGUGCUCAGUAGCACCGUUCUCUGGUGUUUGUUAGAAAGGGAAAGUGGGGGGUCAAGAAGAGGAAGAAGAAACAAAGUUGUAGAUAAUUGGCAGCAGCAGCGCCUUGGAUGAUCUUAUGACUAAUUUAAUGGCUUAUUUAUUCUGACAAUCUACUAGUGCUAUGCUUGACAAA